UUUCCACAUCACCACAACUUUAAGGAGAGGGACAUGCCUGCUCUUUUCUGCAGGAAAUCACAUGGAAGUGCCAUCGCACUCACAUGACAUCUAAACUAUGACGGCGGACAUCAAUGAAGGAUCUGUCCCUUCAUACUAUCGUGAAGUACAUCAAGCCAUCUGCUCCAGAACUGAUGAACGAGUGCCUUUAAGUGUAUUCCAGAGAGUUCUCAGCAGAACAUCUCUCUCCAUCACCGUUCAAAACCAGAUAGCUGAACAUGUAAACAGUGGUGAUGGAUUCCUAAGUAAAGUCUCGCUGUAUAAAGGCUUGGCUCUCAUUGCCCUUGCUCAACAAGGAAAACCACCUAGUCCCAAACUGCUGGAGAAUUUCAUACAAGAGUUCCCGAAGCCUCAGUUGGGAGAGCCGAGGGAGCUUCAGAGUCUGAAGAUGCAGACGGUUCAGGAGAGUCCUUUGAACUUGUCUUUGGCUCUGGGAGAGCUGUUGAAGAAGGACACCAUCAAAGUUGAGCUCAUUCCCGAGAAGAAGGGGCUGUUUCUUAAACACGUGGAGUAUCAGGUCACCAGUGAGCGUUUUACAGUAUCAGUCUAUCGGCGAUACACUGAUUUUGACGUCUUCCAUGAGCUCCUGCUUCAGAGAUACGCUUACAGAGUCGUGCCGGCGCUUCCUCCCAAAAGGGCGCUGAAAGGAGACUUCAGCAACUUGUACUUCCACAGUAACGGAGUACCAGAAAGUGCCUUGCUGUGUUUUAUUAAUGGAAGGGCUAUGUUUUGUUGUUUCUGGAAAAGUUUAAUCUUUUCUCUGUUCUUUGGCCCCGCUGCAGUCCUGACCUCUAUGUCAGAGCGAGAGUUCAUUGAAGGCCGGAGACGAGCUCUGGGCAGGUUUCUGAAUCUUGUGGCACGCCACCCUGUCUUUUCCGAGGAUGAGCUUGUGAAAACAUUCCUUACCUUCAGUGGCUCGGAUGUCCAAACUAAGCUUAGAGAUGCGUGCAAAAAAUUGGGUGAUGAGUUCAUGACAUGCAAAUAUGCAACGCAGGCCAAGGAUUACCUCCCAGCAGAUAUCCAAAGUCAGUUUUCAUCCAGCAGAGAGCUCAUCAAAAAUAUCCAUAACAGUUUUCAGAAGUUACGGGACAGGGCAGAGAGGAUGGCCGAGCGCUCGAAGGAGAACGCCACAGAUCUGCUGAUGUUUGGGAAGGAGCUCAGUUCUUUGGGAUCGGAUGAGUCACCUGUGCCUAUCCUGGCAUCCUGCAAGAGUCCUUGGGCUGCUCUCAGACGCUCUGUCAAAGGGCUUUCUGUUGAGUUCUCUCUUCUGUCUGAGAAAGCUGCCCAACAGGGCAGAAGAGAGGAGGAUGAUGUGGUGGAAAAACUGAAUCUGUUCCUGGACUUGCUGCAGUCGUACAGGGACUUGUGUGAACGACAUGAGAAAGGGGUCUUGCACGAACACCAGCGCGCGCUGCAGAAGUACGGUGUCAUGAAAAGACAAAUCCUGAGUGCCACGGUGCAGCCUAAAGAACAGGUUUCUGUCGAACAGCUUGAGUCCCGCAUCGUCCAGCAAGAAAACGCCAUCCAGGCCAUGGAGCUGCGUAACUACUUCUCCCUGUUCUGCCUGCACCAGGAGAGCCAGCUCAUAUUCACAUACCUGCCCAUUACGUCUCAUAUCCUGGGGGCAUUUGUAAACUCACAGGUGCAGGGACAUAAAGAGAUGGGUGAGGUGUGGCAGGAUCUUCAUUCCAAGCUUAAAAGUAUUUUUGGGGACGGUAACGGACAGUCUCCGCCUCUCAGCCCAAAAUAGCCUCCCUUCAGAAUCGAAAGAAAAUGAACUCCAGCCUGUUUUGAAUAGCAGGAUCUAUUCAGGAAAUAAUACGGACAGUCAGUAUUCUUUCUUGCAAAGAGUUAUUGGGAACUGCUUAUGUGUGAAUGUGUUAUGUGGCAGUUCCUAAAAUCUGUCUGUCGAAAAGGGCCCUUAAUUUCCUACAGUUUGAACAAACUGACGCCUAAAAUAAACGGCUAAUGAUGUUGACAAUAAGUUGAGGAAAUGCAACAAGAUGCUACAACACUGUAUUACCCUGUUGAAAAAACCAGCAUAUGCUGGUUCGGUAUGUUUUGAUGCUGGGAUGCUGGUUUA